CCGCUCGUCUGUUUUCCCAGCCGUCCUCAAACGCAUCUCCUGUCAGGCUCUGCGUCAACAGCCGCUCCGGCGUUUGUUUGUUUGUUUUGUCGGGUCGUUCCGUCCGGUAGGUUACCGGGAGGCAGACCCACCGACUCGGCUGUCAUCCUCACGGUGAAGGACCGUUUCUGCUCACCGGGAACCAGAGUCUGCUGGCCUCUGCAGCUACAGCUGAACUAUGAGCGGAUGAUGUCUGAGAGCAGCUGCUAUGGCCUGCAGCGGCGGUCAGAGCAACGCCGAGACGCUGGAGGGCUUCCAUGAGGUCAACCUGGCCUCCCCCACCACACCUGACCUACAGAACCAGACCGAGCAGCGCCCUCCCGCCCGCCACAGCGCCCCGCCCACCUCCCUGUACCGCACCCACUCGCUGGGGGCGCCCCCUGCAGGCCUCCCCAAGUCCCUGCGCGCCGACCAGCUCCCCACGCAGCCGGUCUACUCCACGCCGCGGCACAACCACAAUGGAAGCGUGCCGGGCCUGGAGGCGGAGGCGGCCGAGGCCGGCUUCCUGUGCGCAGAGGACGGGGACGAGUGCGGCGCGCUGAGCGAGAGCCUGUCGCGGCUGCGCAGCCCGUCGGUGAUGGAGGUCCGAGAGAAAGGAUACGAGAGGCUGAAAGAGGAGCUGGCGAAGGCUCAGCGGGAGCUGCUGUUGAAGGAUGAGGAGUGUGAGAGGUUGUCUAAAGUCAGAGACCAGCUCGGCCAGGAGCUGGAGGAGCUCACCGCCAGUCUCUUCCAGGAGGCCCACAAGAUGGUGAGAGAAGCAAACGUGAAGCAGGCGAACGCCGAGAAACAGCUGAGGGAAGCUCUGGGCAAGAUCGACGUCCUCCAGGCGGAGGUCCAGGCCCUGAAGACGCUGGUUCUGUCCUCGCCCACCUCCCCCGUGGCUGAGCUGCCGUCUGCCGGCGGCGCCAAGGCUCCCUUCAAGAAGGGCCACAGCCGCAACAAGAGCACCUCGUCCGCCAUGCUGGGGACGCAGCCCGACCCGGCGGCCACGCAGCCCAUCGUCAGGGAGUGCCGGGAGGUCGACGCUCAGCUGUUCAGCGAGUUCAAAGCGUGGAGGGAGGCGCCGACGCUCGACCGGACCUGCAGCUUCCUGGAGCGAGUCUACCAGGAGGACAUCUACCCCUGCCUCACCUUCAACAAGAGCGAGCUGGGGUCGGCCAUCUUGGAAGCCGUGGAGCAGAACACGCUCAGCGUGGAGCCCGUGGGUUUCCAGCCGCUGCCGGUGGUCAAAGCGUCGGCGGUGGAGUGCGGCGGACCAAACGGGCGAAGCGCCGGGCUCGACAGAAAAUGUGCGCUGAGCGGUCAGACCAAAACCUGUAAGCACAGAAUCAAGUUUGGAGACUCGUCCAACUAUUACUACGUCUCUCCUUUCUGCAGAUACAGAAUCACGGCUGUAUGUAAUUUCUUCACCUACAUUCGCUACAUCCAUCAAGGGCUGGUCAAACAGCAGGACGCCGAGCAGAUGUUCUGGGAGGUGAUGCAGCUGCGCAGGGAAAUGUCCUUCGCCAAGCUGGGAUACUACAAGGACCAGCUGUGAGCGGACCCGCGGCCCGGCCCUGCAGUCACAGCGAGUCCGAGCACGGCCCGGUUCUGGUCCGGUUCUGGAGCUGGAGCGCUUCUGAGUGUGUGAAGGAAAAACUGUGUCGGUUCACGGGAACCGGACGGACUGAACUGAAAGCCCGGCGCUUUGGUUUGUCGUUGAGGUUCUGGACCGCGCUUUAGGUUCUGGUGUGUUUUCAUUUUCUGAGCUCCAUUAUGUGACGGUAAGAGGAAUUUAACGUAAAGGACACUAAAUGAUCCAGGAGUCCGUUUGGACUCGCAGAUAAGCUAAGAGCCUAAAAAAAACACUACAAAAUAAAACAUUUAACGGGAAAUUCAUGAAGCUCGUCGUGUUUCAGUGACUUUACAGAUUUUAAGACCAAAGUUUCAUCUUUUUAUGGAAGAGAAAAACGGCCCAAAUUAUAAUUAUUAGA